AACUUUGUAAGACUCAAUUUCUUGUCUCUCCUCAAUUUUUCCUCUGGUCUUUCCAAAUUCAAAACCAACCCAAUAAUCUCUGCAAACUCUUCUCCAAUUUCCCACAGUUUUCUCCACUACCCACAAAUCAUUAACAAUAAUGAAGGGAGGAAAACGAACCCCAGUACAAGCUGUAACUCUAUGGGUACGAAGACAACCCCCAAAGGUGAAAGCUUUUCUUGCUGUUAUUGCAGGAAUGGCUGCUUUAGUUUUCCUUAGAAUGGUUGUUCAUGAUCAUGAUAAUCUUUUUGUUGCUGCUGAAGCUGUUCAUGCUAUUGGGAUUGCUGUUCUUAUCUAUAAACUUACCAAGGAGAAAACUUGUGCUGGACUCUCACUGAAGACCCAAGAACUUACGGCUAUCUUUUUAGCUGUUAGAUUGUACUGUAGUUUUGUGAUGGAAUAUGACAUUCACACGCUGUUAGAUACAGCUACAUUGGCGACAACCCUCUGGGUUAUUUAUAUGAUUCGCUUUAAGUUGAAGUCCACUUAUAUGGAGGAGAAAGACAACUUUGCUAUUUACUAUGUGGUGGGACCUUGUGCUUUAUUGUCUCUACUCGUUCAUCCUUCCACCGUCCACAACAUCGUCAACAGGAUUAGCUGGGCCUUUUGUGUUUAUCUAGAGGCUGUUUCAGUUCUACCUCAGCUAAGAGUUAUGCAGAACACAAAGAUUGUCGAACCAUUCACGGCCCAUUACGUUUUUGCCCUUGGGGUGGCAAGAUUUUUAAGUUGUGCACAUUGGGUUCUUCAGGUCCUAGACACCCACGGCCGCUUGCUCACAGCGUUGGGCUACGGUUUAUGGCCUUCAAUGGUGUUGCUUUCCGAAGUCGUUCAAACUUUUAUCCUGGCAGAUUUCUGCUAUUACUACGUGAAGAGUCUUGUUGGUGGGCAGCUAGUCGUGCGUCUCCCCUCUGGUGUGGUGUAAAUUUAGCGUUUAGGUAUGUAGCAAAAACGAUCAGAGUAAUGCAUCCUUGUUUAACAUAAAACCCCGAAGGAGUAAAUGAAGUGCUUUUUGUUAGUUUGUCUUUUCGGCAAUGUGAAUUUUCUGUACAAACUUGUUUCUCGCAACGACUUAAGCUGGUUUCGACCAGGGAUGUAUCUAAACCGGGAUAUUCGUAUCCCUUUAAUUUUCGUAUUUUGAACUA